GAUAUCAAAAGUUUGCGUUUAAUUGUUGACAUUUUUAAUACUUGUACAAUUAUUAAAAAAAAGAAAUAUUUAACUCUGGGGUGGCGCAAUGGUCGAGCUGCAAAUUAAACGACGAAAUGCCUGCAUUGUAGUGCUGGGUGAUAUCGGACGGAGUCCACGCAUGCAAUAUCAUGCCGUCAGCUUGCUCGAAGAAAACUUUAAUGUUGAUUUAAUUGGUUAUGUUGACACGAAACCUCUUGAUGCCCUAACACAUUCACAGUCUAACUGCAAAAUACAUGAAUUGACACCUGUACCAGUAACAAAUCUCACAUCCAAACUGAAACUGAUUUUCAAGACAUUUUGGCAAACUUUAAGUUUGCUUAUAGCACUAGUUUCGAUUCGUCGUCCAAAUUUUUUACUUGUACAAAAUCCUCCCGGUGUUCCUACGUUAGUGAUUUGCUAUUUGUAUUGUGCCAUUACGAGGACAAAAUUUAUCAUUGAUUGGCACAAUUACACAUAUUCCAUAUUAGCAUUGGGCACUAUCAACGGUGAAAAAAGUUACUUUUGUCGCCUGGCCAAAUGGAUUGAGCGUUAUUUUGGUGGUAAAGCAAAUGGACAUUUCUGUGUGACGAAAGCAAUGCAGCAAGACCUACUUCAAAACUGGAAAAUCGGUCCAGCGGUUGUUCUUUACGAUCGCCCACCUAAUCAAUUUCAACCCAUCGAUUUACCGAGAAAGCACGAGCUCUUUAUGAAGUUGUCCAAAGAAUAUCCAGAAUUCAUGCCUAAAUGUUAUGCAGAUCUUAAAGAAUCAGGCGUUAUUGAAACAACAGCAUUAACCCAGAAAUUAGUUGAUGGAAAUGUUUCUUAUAAGUCCCAGCGAGUGGGUAUUGUUGUAUCAAGUACUAGCUGGACACCGGAUGAAGAUUUUGGCAUAUUGCUUAAGGCAUUAGAGGGGUAUGAAAACAUUGCCACGGCGCGUCCAAACCACUUCCCAGCACUGUUAUGUAUUAUUACCGGUAAAGGACCACAAAAACAGGAAUACGAAUCCAUAAUUGCUAAACUUAAAUGGUCCAAAGUUUCCAUAAUAACACCGUGGCUGGAGAUAGAAGACUAUCCUCUUAUUUUGGCUUCAGCAGAUUUAGGAGUUUGUUUACAUUAUAGUAGCAGUGGUCUCGACUUGCCUAUGAAAGUAGUAGAUAUGUUCGGCUGUGGGUUGCCUGUGUGUGCCUAUAAUUUUCAGAGCCUCGGUGAGUUGGUUACGCAUGGCCAGAAUGGAUUCAUAUUUGAGAAUCACAAAGAGCUAUCCGAGCAACUUAAGUUUUGGUUUGAAAAUUUUCCUUGUAAUCCAAGCUUACUAGAAUCCAAAGAACGCUUCCGGAAAAAUUUACACGCAUUUCAAUCACUACGUUGGCAUGAAAAUUGGAAAACUAAUGCGCUGCCUAUGUUAAAUUCAUACACUUGAAACUGUCGCCAAUUCCAUCAUAUACUAUAAGCUCACAAGUCUUUUAUACACUAAUUGUUUAUUAACUUAAUUUUUAUUUUUUUUUAAUGCAAUUCUUCUAACAUACAUAGUUUUAUAAGAGUAAAAGUUUGUAAAUAAAAUGAAUUUUAAAAUAAAUAA